AGCUGCCACGGUCUGGCCACCUGCCCCGGGAGAAUGGAGGCACCUGCACAGGCUGGCGCAGUGGCCCAGGCAGCUGGUGAGGGGCCCAGGACCUGCAAGAGCCCCCAGGCCCCGCCCCCGCCCCCCAUGGAGGAGGGCCCCAGGGAGCCGCUGGUGGAGCUGCCCGGCUCCUUCAGGGAGCUGUUCACCUUCUUCUGCGCCAACGCCACGGUGCACGGCGCCAUCCGCCUCAUCUGCUCCAGCCACAACCGCCUCAAGACGGCGUCCUGGGGGCUGCUGUUCCUGGGCGCCCUGGGCGCGCUCUACUGGCAGUUCGGGCUUCUCUUCGAGCAGUACUGGCGCUACCCCGUCAUCAUGACCGUGUCCGUGCACUCGGAGGGGAAGCUCUUCCCGGCCGUCACUCUGUGCGACAUGAACCCCCACCGGCCCAGCCUGGUGCGCAGACACCUGCAGGCCCUGGACGAGUUUGCCCAGGAGAACAUCUACGCCCUCUAUCAGUUCAACCUCAGCAAGAGCGGGGGCAUACCCUCUGCGGAGGCCCGGGGCCCCGAGCCCGCCUUCCAGCUGGACCGCAGAGUCCGCCUGGAGCGGCUGGGCGGCCCGGGCAGCCAGAACAGAGUGGGCUUCAGGCUGUGUAACAGCACCGGCGGCGACUGCUUCUACCGGGCCUACUCGUCGGGCGUGACGGCCGUGCGCGCCUGGUACCGCUUCCACUACGUGAACAUCCUGGCUCUGCUGCCCCCACACCCCGAGGACGGCCACCAGAGCCACGGCGGCCACUUCGUCUUCUCGUGCCGCUACAACGGCCAGGACUGCCAGGCCCGGCACUUCCGGACGUUCCACCACCCCACCUACGGCAGCUGCUACACCUUCAAUGGCAUGUGGACUGCCCAGCACCCGGGCAUCACCCACGGGAUCAGCCUGGUCCUCAGGGCUGAGCAGCAGGACGCCCUCCCGCUGCUGUCCACCGAGGCCGGCAUCAAGGUCAUGGUCCACAAGCGGGACCACACGCCGUUCCUGGAGCACCGGGGCUUCAGCAUCCGGCCCGGGACGGAGACCACCAUCGGCAUCAGAGAGGACGAGGUGCACCGGCUCGGGAGCCCCUACAGCCACUGCACGGACAGCGGGGAGGGCGUGGACGUCCCGCUGCUGUACAACGCCACCUACACCAUGCAGGCCUGCCUGGUCUCCUGCUUCCAGCAACUGAUGGUGAACACCUGCUCCUGCGGCUACUACUUCUACCCCCUGCCGGCGGGGGCCGAGUACUGCAGCUCCGCGCGGCACCCGGCCUGGGGCCACUGCUUCUACCGCCUCUACAGAAAACUGGAGACCCACCGGCUUCCCUGCGCCUCUCGAUGCCCCAGGCCCUGCAGAGAGUCUUCCUACAAGCUGUCAGCCGGAAGCUCCAGGUGGCCUUCCUCCAAGUCAGGGGGCUGGAUCCUGGCCGUGCUGGGCAAGCGUAGCCCCCCGAGCCCUGGCCGGAGCCGGAGCCCUGGCUGGAGCCCGAGACCCAGGAGCAACGUGGCCAAGGUGAACAUCUUCUACCAGGAACUCAACUACCGCACGGCGGACGAGACGCCCGUCUACUCGGUGCCGCAGCUGCUGUCGGCCAUGGGCAGCCUCUGGAGCCUGUGGUUCGGCUCCUCCGUCCUCUCCGUCCUGGAGCUGCUGGAGCUGCUCAUCGACGCCGUUGCCCUGGCCCUGCUGCUGGGCUGCCACCGGCUCCGGCGCGUGCAGGGGUCCCAGCCGCGGGCGGCCCACUCCAAGCCAGACCAGCCAGGUGCCCAGGGACUGCGGGCAUGA